CACUCGCGCGUUAGAAGGCUCUGGUCGGUGUGCCGUGCCGUCUUCCCGCCUGCGUCAGGGACCUGCCCGACUCAGCGGUGAGGGCCCUGGCGGCGCCGGCUCCGAGGGUCCCAGGGCGGCGGGCGGCCUUAGGCGCCCAGGCGAGGCCACCAUGGCAUCAGAUGAAGGAAAGCUUUUCGUAGGAGGGCUGAGUUUUGACACCAACGAGCAGUCGCUGGAGCAGGUCUUUUCCAAAUAUGGCCAGAUUGCUGAAGUGGUGGUGGUGAAAGACAGGGAGACCCAGCGAUCGAGGGGCUUUGGGUUUGUCACCUUUGAAAACAUUGACGAUGCCAAGGAUGCCAUGAUGGCUAUGAAUGGGAAGUCAGUGGACGGGCGACAGAUCCGUGUUGACCAGGCCGGCAAGUCUUCUGACAACCGAUCCCGAGGGUACCGAGGUGGCUCUGCUGGAGGCCGGGGCUUCUUCCGAGGGGGCCGAGGCCGGGGCCGUGGGUUCUCCAGAGGGGGAGGGGACCGUGGCUAUGGCGGUGGUCGCUUUGAUUCCCGAAGUGGGGGCUAUGGUGGCUCCAGAGACUACUACAGCAGCCGGAGUCAGGGUGGUGGAUACGGUGACCGGAGCUCAGGGGGGUCCUACAGAGACAGCUACGACAGCUAUGGUAAGUGCUGCUCCGAGGGUGCUGCACUGUGUGGCCUGUGGUGGGAGCUCAGCAAACCCUUGUGCCCUCCAUUCUCGAGCGGCUUAGGCUGGACGCUCAGACCUUGUUACUGUGCUUGCCCGCAAAAAACAAGUCUGUCCUCUCAGAGCCAUUCUGCCACAGAACAGAGCCAAGUCAGUGACGAAGGACAGGGCCUCCAGGGCUGUGCAGGCAGCGUAGGUGCCCGCCCACGCCAAGGGGGGAGGUGGCUCCGAGCCUGCGCCGCCCGCCUUCCGGGGCUGCGCUGGGCAUGGAUGCUGCAUCCUGUCGCGUGCUUCAGCGCCUUUACACUCUGCCUGCUUCUUGUCCUCAGCUACACACAACGAGUAACAAUCCUUCCUGCUCAAGACCGUCCUUCCAUGGCUGUAUAUUUAAAGAUUUUGGGAGCUGCGCUGAAUCGUUGAUGUGUAGUGAACACACCUCCUUGUAUUCCCACUUUUGUAGUCAUUUCUGUUCCAAUCUUGUCAACCCUGCCUGACUGCUUCUGACCCCCGAGAUGGCCUCAUGACUAGACUUUGCUUUUUAAGGAAGCGCUGUUUUUAUGGUUUUUGAAGGCGUUUUGAAAAGUACUUCUGAGUUUACUUUUUUUUUUUUAAACCAUGAACCAUAGCUUUUUAAGAAACUAUCGGGGGUUGUGUGAUUUUUUUUUUUAUUAUUAUUAUUUUAUUUUAUUUUACUUUUUUUAUUUUUACUUUUACUUUUGUGGUGCUGGGGAUCAAACCGAGGGCCUCGCAUGUUAGGCCACUGCUCUGCCACUGAGUUGUACCCCAGCCCUGUUGUAUGGGUUUUUGGAUUUUGGUUUUGGUUGUGUUGCUUUUAUUGAUUCUUUUUUUGUGGGGUCACCCAUGAAGUUGGGCGCCUCCAUUCCUUUCACUAAGAUUGAAUGGACUCUGGAUCCGCUCUUUGCCAGAAGCUGAGCAAGCUGUGGCUUUUUGGGACUCCACGUGCCGUUUGAGGGUAGCCGGGUAGGACAGCGGCCGGCCGCGGAGAGGCCGCCCUGUGCCCGCCAUGCAUCGCGCCCGCGGGAGCCGUGCAGAGGCGCUGAGGUUUUUGAAGACAUUUAUUUAUAUUGUCCUUUUUUACCAGAAGACGUACGCAUACUCCAUCGAUGUUGUAUUCGCAGUGGCUAAGGAAUUCUUGUACUCAGUUUUCUUUGGCUUUACGAAGCCGAUUAAAAGACCGUGUGAAACAAA